AUGGCUGCAGCUUCCGAGAGGAGAGAACUGAGCGCAGCCGCGUUCUCGCACCCCAACGCGUAUCCUGCCGCAGUGCACAAAGAGUCCCGCCACAUCACCGUCCGCCGGCAUGCCCGCCCCCUCCGCCGCCGCGCCGGGAGUCCGCCUCCUCCAGUGGCCCUGGAGAGUCAAGCAUCUCUCCCCCUCGGGCUCCAGGUCGCUUCACCCGGUCCAACUCAAGCUCGGUCCUUAGAAGCUACCUCGCCCCGCCCCAUCUUGGUCGCCGUGAAAACGUGGCACGGUGGAUUGCCCGGGGCAACCCAUUGGCGCUGCCCGGGCCGGACUGUGCAACCUCGGGCCGGGGUUACGGGGCCCGAGUGCGAAGUACAGGACAGUAGGAAGCUGCAGCCCUGCGAGUGGGCGGGGCGAGGAGGCUUAGGAGGGUUCAAAAGGAGGUGGAGGGAUACGCGGGCCGCAGUCGGAACUACUUUCUGAAGGAGGUCACGUGUGUUCCUAGUUGGGGAACUUUCCAAAUUCCCACUCCCGUCUGAUAGCUCCAGAGGCAAGUGCUUUGCUGCCUUUGCCUUGGGAGCUCCCGCCGGGUACGGACAGCCGGACUCCAGCCCCAUCCCGGUCGCGGCGGAAAAAGGAGCUCAGACGAGCCUCCCGAAGGAGCGCUGUCGGGGUCAGCGCUUGGGGAGCCGGUUACACAAGCACCCACAUCCAAGCACGUGCCCCCGCCUCCCCGCUCGCUGGCCGCAGCCGAUUCUUACAGAACGCGGGAGAGUCCCCGGGCUGGUCCCAUUCCUCGCAUGCUACCCACAGAGCAAGCCAGAGGCCGAGACCUGA